GAGUGGGCGGUUCUCGCGAGAACGGCGCGGCGCUCGGCCGGGUGCUAUAGAAACGGCGUGAGGGUCGGGCUGUGGGCCGGGGCAGCUGUGGGCGCGUCCUGUAGGCCGGGCGGGGCCGGCUUCGGGGGCUGCGCUGCUUUCAUGGUGUGAGGGGCUGGGCUGCGCUUGGUCGGAAGUGGCUGAAGCAGGUUCAGAGCUUUCUUGAUCUGUGCUCGAGAGUGUUUGCACUGAUGCAUCUGUGACACCGGGAGCCGAUUCUCUUCCCUCUCUCGCUGCGCUUGGAGCCUUUUUUUGAGGAAUCCUAGCAGGAAGAUGAGUGCCGUCGGCUUGCAGGAUGAUGAAGAUACCUUUAAGAUACUGAUUGCUACUGAUAUUCAUCUUGGCUAUUUGGAGAAGGACCCAGUGCGUGGAAAUGAUACAUUUGUAACUUUUAAUGAAAUUUUGGAGCAUGCUCAAAAAAACGAAGUGGACUUCGUUUUAUUAGGUGGGGACCUCUUUCAUGAAAACAAACCUUCCAGAAAAACAAUCCAUACUUGUUUAGAGUCACUAAGAAAAUACUGCAUGGGUGAUCGUCCUGUUCACUUUGAAGUUCUGAGUGAUCAGGCAGUUAAUUUUCAGUUCAGCAAGUUUCCAUGGGUGAACUAUCAGGAUGAAAAUCUCAACAUUUCUAUGCCAAUUUUUAGUAUUCAUGGCAAUCAUGAUGAUCCCACAGGGGUGGAUGCACUGUGUGCACUGGAUAUUUUAAGCUGUGCAGGAUUGCUGAAUCAUUUUGGACGUUCAACUUCUGUGGAGAAAAUAGAUAUUAGCCCCAUUUUAUUACGUAAGGGUAGAACAAAAAUUGCUCUGUAUGGCUUAGGGGCCAUUCCAGAUGAGAGGUUGUAUCGUAUGUUUGUCAAUAAACAAGUAACCAUGCUGAGGCCAAAGGAGGAUGAAGACAGUUGGUUUAACUUGUUUGUGAUUCAUCAGAAUAGAAGCAAACAUGGAGCCACAAACUACAUUCCAGAGCAGUUUUUAGAUGACUUUAUUAAUCUUGUUGUAUGGGGUCAUGAACACGAGUGUAAAAUAACUCCAGCCCAAAACGAACAGCAGCAUUUUUAUGUUACUCAGCCAGGAAGUUCAGUGGUGACAUCUCUGUCCCCAGGAGAAGCUGUAAAGAAACAUGUUGGUUUGCUGCGUGUUAAAGGAAAAAAAAUGAAAAUGCAGAGGAUUGCUUUAGAGACCGUACGAACUUUCUAUAUGGAAGAUGUUGUCCUGGCUGAUCACCCAGAACUGUUUAAUCCUGACAAUCCUAAAGUAACUCAGGCAAUACAAGCAUUCUGCAUGGAAAAGGUUGAAAUGAUGCUGGAUAAUGCAGAAAGAGAACGCCUUGGAAAUCCACGCCAGCCAGAGAAGCCUCUCAUUAGAUUACGAGUUGAUUACACAGGUGGUUUUGAGCCAUUCAUCAUCCAUCGUUUCAGCCAGAAGUACAUGGAUAGGGUGGCCAACCCAAAGGACAUCAUACAUUUUUUCAGACAUCGUGAACAAAAAGAAAAAAACGACAACGAUCUUAAUUUUGGAAAGCUGUUUAGCAGACCUGCUUCUGAGGGGGUGACACUGAGAGUAGAAGACCUUGUAAAGCAGUAUUUUCAGACAGCAGAGAAGAAAGUACAACUUUCACUCCUAACUGAAAGAGGAAUGGGAGAAGCAGUGCAGGAGUUUGUGGACAAAGAAGAAAAAGAUGCCAUAGAGGAACUGGUGAAGUUUCAGCUAGAGAAAACACAAAGAUUUCUUAAGGAGCGUCACAUUGAUGCAGAGGAAGUAAAAAUAGAUGAGGAGGUGCGAAAAUUUAGGGAGAGUAGAAGAGAAAACACUGAAGAAGAGGAUGAGGAAGUUCGAGAGGCUAUGACGAGGGCUAGAGCUCACAGGUCCAAGGAUGUGGUUCUUGACUCAGCCUCCAGUGAUGAAGAACUCAUGGAUACAGGGAUCAAAGCCUCUGGUGAUUCAGAUGAUGACAUUCCCACAACACUGAGCCGAGGAAGGGGUAGAGGUAGGGCAAGAGGUGCAAGAGGGCAAAAUUCAACAGCAAGAGGGGCAUCUCGAAGGGGAAGAGGAAACACUAGCCAAGGGUCAUCUACUAGCAGCAGAACAUACAAAUCUGUGCCUGACAAGAAUUUGUCUAUCAUGGAUGCCUUUAGGUCUUUGAAACCAGAGCCUUCCCAGAGUGCAUCUAAAUUUUUCUCUGAGGAUAUUAUAGAUGAUGAAUUGGAUCUAGAAGAGUCUCAUAUUAGUCUUUCCUCCAAAACAAACCAAAGGUUCUCAGCUAUGUCUUCAUUUAGUAAAAGAGGUUCACAAAGCCAAAUGUCCAGAGGAGUUGAUUUUGAGUCAGAUGAGGAUGACCCGUUCAAAAGCACUGCAACGUCACGAAGAAAGAAAUGAUCUCUGCCUCGCUACACAGAAGGGACUGUGAAGUAAAUGGAAAGCAGUUUGCAAGGCAUACUCUGCAUGACAUUUCUCUGGACAUGAUAGUUUGCCUUCAGCCUUCACUUCUAUGAAAUGUUUUGAGUGGCACCAAAUUUAAUAUCAUUGUGUGUUACAUUAAUUGGUGCAUACAGAUAAGAAUGCAUACUUGGGCAGCAAGACAUUUAUUUUCAAUUUUCUACAGGUACAGUUGAAAACUCUUAAGGAGUCAUAGUUUAAUCCAAAAAUGCUGUUUUCAGGAAUAAAGCUGGAAAAUAUUCUAACACUUUCAACUUAAUAGGAAAACUAAACCUGCUGUGGCAUUGUUACUACAUGUCAGAGUACACAGAAGUUAUUGCUGCUGUGUAGUUCAAGAGCUGGCAAGGAGUUCAGAUAGAACUGCGUUCUCAAUGUUUACCUUGUUAAUAGGAUUUAAGAGCUAGAACCUUACAGCUUCACAAGGAAUGCUGAUUGAAGAGUAAAGCAAUGAGCUAGUAACAAGCAUGCCAUUGCCUCUUACCUUUUCUUAGCUAACAGUUUUUCAGGUGUCUGUUGCCAUGUUCUUCCUAAAAUGUCAUUGCCAUUUUUCAAAAGAUUUCUUCAUAUGAGGUUUUUAAAAUAUAGUACUUGAUUCACAGUGGGGGCAGCAGUCCUGUUGAGGGAUCCAAGACCCAUCUCUCCUUUCCCUUUUCCUCCUCUGUGCCACACUCUGCAGAAGGUGGUGGUCUACAGCUGCAGCCUUCAGAAUUAGCUGAGGGAAAAGCUUAUACCCCAACGUGUCUGAGAAACACCAAAUGAGUAAUUGAAGCCAUGCUUUUGCAUUUGUGUCCUCUGUCUGAGGGACUGGGUGUUUAUGGUGUUCUGGCUCUCACUGAACAUGACUGUUACUUCGUGUGCACAUGUGCUGCAGCAGCAGACCUAAACGACCUUUGAGCUUCCUGAGGACUUCCAUAGAAAUGAUCAGGUCUGUCAAAUUUCUAAUGUAAAGCUCAGGAGCAAUUUGCAGGGAAGUGCUAUUGCUUGAGAUAUCAUGAGAUAAUUUGGUGUGUCUUUACCUUCAUAAAGAGCUGUCACAGCUAUCAUAAUGUUACCUAUGCAAAUAAAAAGCUGUUGUAAAUGCC